AUGUCAAACCUCGACGAAGACUCGGUAGACGAGAUCCUCUACCUCGCGCGCGCCAACGAAGCCACGGAACUGGCCCAAUUCCUCGACACCCUGUCCAACCAAAUCUCGAAACCGAAAGACCAAAUACUCACAGAGGCAGUAGACUCGUACUCGCAGAACACAGCGCUGCACUACGCAGCCGCAAACGGACACGACGACAUUGUGAAACUUCUCCUCUCCACCUCCACACAGAAACCCGCGCCGUUCCUCAACCUCACAAACGCCUCUGGCAACACGCCGCUCCACUGGGCCUCUCUCAACGGUCACCUCGAGGCCGUCAAGCAGCUGAUAGGAGCGGGCGGCGACAUAACGAUUUUCAACAAAGCAGGGCACGAUGCUGUGUUUGAGGCGGAAGUAAAUGACAAGAAGGAGGUUGUGGAUUGGCUUCUAGGGCACGUUGAAGCGCUGGAGAAGAGUGUCGGAGGGCGCGCGAGUCACGGGGAGGGGAGUGCUGGAGGGGAGGGAGAGGAGAUGGUGUUCAAAGCGGGAGAUACCAGUGGACCGAUGGAGGAUGUUACGGAGAAGAUGGAGGAGCUGCAGACCAAGGAUACCCAAGAGAAGUGA